AUGCUCCUCAUAAAUCUUCUAUUCAGUGGAGUCCUCCUUUUUCCCGUAGCUCUUGCCGUUCCUCAUGGCCGUGACCGCGAGCCAGAAUACUACGAACGACCCAAUACCUACACCCUGACCGUCUACAAGAAAGACGAUCCGAAGUACAACGGCCUUAAAGUCGAGGGCAGUAACAUGGGUCUCUUCGCGGCCUCAACAGCCAGCUACUGCCCCGACUCCGUCCGCCAAUCCGGCAGUUGUCCAAACGGCACCGAGCUUGCCUUCUCCGGCCAAUUCUACCCCCACUCCAUCGUCCCCGGCGGCCAAGAAUUCUACGUCGCCUACGACGGCGAGCCCGCCAUAACGCGUCAACACUCGCACUCCUUCCCGCCAAACUCAUACCCUUACUACUACGGCUGGACCUGGACGGCCUUCGAGAAGAAGCGCGGCCGCAAGUUCAUCGAGCGCUGUCCCCGCAGAGACCCAAUCUACGACUGCAGGCAGCCGAGCGGCUACUGGACGUUCAAGGCCCCCGAUGGCCCCGCUGGGUACAAGGGCGGCCUGAUGGCGUGUCCGAGUAAGUAUGUCCCGGAGCAGACGAGCGUGUGGAUGGUUACGCCAGGGUUUGCGCAGCAGGGUUGUGUGAAGCUCGAUGGGUUGGCGACGCAUAACUAUACCGGACCGCCGGUGUGGGCUUACUGA